AUGUUCAAUUGGAUUCAAGUCUGCGCUCUGAGAAGGCCAUUCAAGUUUGUUGAUCUUAUUUGUUUUAAAAAAUUCCUGUGCACAGCGAUCGCUAUAACUUCAUUAAAAGUGAAAAUUAAUCAAGCGGUGCGGAAGGCGGUGGCCAAGGAACGGCGGAAGAUUGGAAAGCACGGCAACUCAAAAUAUAUCCCAGCGGCUAUGGCGCUGAAAUAUAUGCAAACACCAUCACCGCCGCCACCAGGAUAUGUGGCAUCAUAUGUCCCAGCGCCAUCGCCGCCGGGAUAUAUUCCAGCACCUCUAUCGGAGUAUCCUGGCGCUCCAGUGCCGUCGCCAUCAGGGUACAUUCCAGCGCCGUCGCCACCACCGGGAUACGUGCCAGCGCCGUCGCCACCACCGGGAUAUGUGCCAGCGCCGUCGCCACCACCGGGGUUUAUUCCAGCGGCAGGUUACGCCCCGUCAGCGGGAUACGUCCCGUCGGCGGGAUACGUCCCGUCGUCGGGGUACAUCCCACUGCCGCCGGGAUACGUCCCACUACCGCCGGGAUACGUCCCACUGCCGCCAGGCAAUAAAUAA